AUAUCCUUUUUAAUCCCGCAGCAUGCUGCAAAGACCAAAUCAGGACUUCAGUGUUAGUGAAGCCCCAUCGUCCUGCAGGGUUUCUGAAGGUCAGCAGGUAACAUAAAAACAGGUCAGACUGAAGGACUUCAGCCACUCAGAGCUCACCUGCAGCAGAAAUGGAUGACGACAUUGCUGGACUUGUUAUUGACAAUGGCUCUGGAAUGUGCAAGGCCGGAUUCGCUGGGGACGAUGCUCCUCGGGCUGUCUUCCCAUCCAUCGUUGGCCGACCCAGACACCAAGGAGUGAUGGUGGGCAUGGGACAGAAAGAAUGCUACGUGGGAGACGAGGCCCAGGUGAAGAGAGGCCUCCUGACCCUGAGGUACCCAAUCGAGCAUGGGAUCAUUAACAACUGGGACGACAUGGAGAGGAUCUGGCACCACACCUUCUACAAUGAGCUCCGUGUUGCUCCUGAGGAACAUCCGGUCCUGCUGACUGAGGCUCCAUUUAACCCCAAUCUUAACAGGGAGCAGAUGGCCAGGAUCAUGUUUGAGACGUUCAACACUCCAGCCAUGUAUGUGUCCAUUCAGGCUGUCCUGUCUCUCUACUCUUCAGGUCGUACUACAGGCAUUGUUCUUGACUCUGGUGACGGCGUCUCUCACGCUGUACCGAUCUACGAGGGCUACGCUCUGCCCCAUGGGAUGUUCCGACUAAAUCUGGCUGGACGGGAUCUGACAGAUUACCUGGUCACGCUCCUCACAGAAAGGGGUCAUCAUUGUAACACAACAGCGGAGAAGGAAAUCGCUCGAGAUUUGAAGGAGAAGCUCUGCUAUGUGGCCUUGGACUAUGACCAAGAGAUGAAGACGGCAGUGUGGUCUUCUGCUCUGGAGAAAACUUAUGAGCUUCCUGAUGGUCAAAUCAUCACCAUCGGUAACGAGAGGUUCCGCUGCCCUGAGGCCCUCUUCCAGCCCGCUCUCAUCGGGAUGGAGUCAGAAGGGAUUCAUACCACAACCUACAGCAGCAUCUUGAGGUGUGACAUCGACAUCCGUACGAGUCUGUACGCAAACAUCGUCCUGUCUGGAGGAACCACCAUGUUUCCUGGUUUGGCAGACAGAAUGCAAAAGGAGAUGGUUUCCCUGAGCCCACACUCAGUAAAAAUCAAGGUUGCUGCUCCCCCAGAGAGGAAGUACUCUGUUUGGAUCGGUGGCUCCAUCCUGGCUUCCCUGUCCACAUUCCAGAACAUGUGGAUCACCAAGCAGGAGUAUGACGAGUCCGGUCCGAGCAUCGUCCACCGCAAGUGCUUCUGAACAGCCAGUUUUCCUGAGUCUGGGUGGCAGACAUGAACUCAAUGCAGCAUUAAACCAUAAUGUCUCUUCUUCAUCCUUAAAAAGAGUCAUUAGAUCCUCAAUAAAAGAGCUUUGUGCUGUUGUACUUUUGUGCCAAAAUCAUUAUAAUCAGGUUAAAACAAUAUAGCUAAUAACA